AUGGCUCUCGUUGACUAUCCCUCGUCAGAUGAGGACGAACAGAAUGGAAAUGACCAAGCGACCACGAGUGAAGCAGCCACGGGAAACUUGAAGCGCAAACGUGGAAGAGAAAGAGAAACAGAAACAGAAACAGAAACAGAAAACGAAAAUGAGAACCCCAAUGGCCUUCCUCCACUGCCCUCAAAAUUCCACGAUUUAUACGCGUCAACUAGUCGCGUCAGUACCAGAGAUGAUCCUAGCCUACAUGGUGGGAGGAAGAGAGUAACUCCUCAUAUUGAGGGCAACUGGCCGACUCAUCUGUACAUCGAGUGGUAUCCUGCAACUGCAGAAUAUAAAUUAUUAUCCAAAAUCAUCUCAAAACUGAAAGGACUUCCACUGGAGGAGCCAUCCGAACUACAUUCCUUUCUGACCAGUGACCUCGGCGCACCUCUACCACUCCACAUCAGCCUUUCCCGACCCAUUGGAUUUGGUACAGAACAGAAGGAGGACUUUGUCACUUCGUUAAAAAGUGCCAUGGAGUCCUCUGGCAUUCGACCCUUUGAAUUUGCAUUCUCGGGCCUUGAUUGGGUCGCAAAUUUCGAAAACACUCGCUGGUUCCUAGUUUUGCGAAUUCAGAAACCGAAAUUUGAUAGUCUGAAUAAACUACUUCAUGUCUGCAAUACAGCUGUGCAAGACUACGGCCAACCACCUCUUUACGCUAAGGCCACGACCAGGAAUACAGCUAAGAGUAUAAAAUGGCACAAGCAAGAGACCAGCAAGAAUCGAUCCAGCGCUGAAAGUUCCAAGGCCUACUGGAGCAACCUGCAAGACGUUUCCGGGGCAUUUCACAUCAGUAUUGCCUGGACUCUCGGAUCUCCAAGUGAAGGCCUCCUUGCUCUAACUAAGUCUGUUGCCAUAGAUGAUUUCCAAGAUGUCGCUCAUACCCGUGUCAAUAUCCAGGAGAUCAAGGCAAAGGUGGGCAAUGCUGUUACAAAUAUGCCUCUACACGCGAAUAUACAAGAAGCAACGGGUCUAUUUAGCUUUUAA